CCUCUGUCAUUAUUAGCAAGACUAAUAGCAAGAUGCUGCAGUCAGAGCCACCACCACAUGAGCAAAACACAAAUGAAACAGAUGGAAAAGUUUGUUUGAAAAGACGUUUGGGCUUUUUUGAUAGCGUGAGCUUUCUAGUGGGCAGUAUUAUAGGUGCUGGAAUAUUUGUCUCUCCUAAAGCUGUUCUGGAAUACUCACAGCUCAACAUCGGUGUGACACUAUGCAUUUGGGCAGCUUGUGGUGUGUUGUGCAUAUUGUGCACCCUUUGUUAUGCAGAGCUGGGUUCAUCUUUGCCGUUUGCUGGUGGAGAAUAUUACCAUGUCAGACGAGGACUGGGACCUAUACCAGCUUUUGUCACCAUCUGGACUUUAACACUGUUUAUAAGGCCAUCAUCCAAUGCAGCCAGAGCCCUGACCUUUGCCGAAUAUGUGAGUCGUCCAUUUUAUGGCGGAUGUUCUCCACCUGAUCUUCUCAAGAAAUCCUUAGCUAUUGGAAUUCUCCUCAUUUUGGGAGUCAUAAAUUCUAAGAGUAUCAAGUUGGCCACAUGGGUCCAGAAUGUAUUCACAGUCCUCAAAAUGAUGGCCUUGGCUCUUAUUAUUGUCUAUGGUUUCAUCGAAUUUGCAACUAAUCCAUAUGCUUCAAAACCCUUUGAAGAUGCUUUUAAUGGAAACGUUCCAAAUGCAGCACAAACUGCAGAGGCCUUUUAUCAAGGGCUGUAUGCCUAUGGAGGAUGGAACUACCUAAACUACAUGGCAGAGGAAAUAAAAAACCCAAGCAAGAAUAUUCCUCGGAGUGUAAUUACAGCCAUGUGUGCUAUCAUUGUCUUCUACUUGCUGGUGAACAUCUCAUACCUUACCGUCCUGACACCCAGAGAGCUUAUAUCCUCAGCUGCUGUCUCGGUUACUUGGGCUGAUAGAGUAAUCCCAACAUGGUCCUGGAUUAUACCUGUCUCAGUGGCCCUCUCUAUAUUCGGUUCUCUCAAUGGCGGCAUGUUUAUGCUGGGGAGGUUAAAUUAUGCUGGCAGCAAAGAAGGACAUUUGCCAUCACUCAUCUCCAUGCUCAAUGUUCGUCACUUGACUCCAGCUCCAGCGAUGAUCCUCUCCACGCUGAUUGGAUGCAUAUUUGUCAUACCUUCUGACCUUCUCUCAUUGACUAAUUACUUCAGCUUUUGUAGUUGGCUCCUCGUUGGACUAACUUGUAUCAGCCUGAUUGUUCUUCGGUUCAGGGAGCCCAAUCUGGAGCGCCCAUACAAGGUCUUUCUUCCACUUGCCUUUAUUGUUGUUGGAGUGUCGGCAUUUCUGGUCCUGGCUCCAAUUAUACAGUCUCCAAAAGUGCAGUAUUUUUACGCCUUACUGUUUAUGUUCAGCAGCAUCAUUAUCUACAUUCCCUUUAUCCAUUUCAAACUGCGAAUCCCAUACUUCGAUAAAAUCACUUGUUAUCUUCAGUUACUGCUUGAGGUUUCCCCGACUGAUAUGUUUGAAAAUCCCAAAACUGAAUAAUAAUGUUGCUGUUUUUGAUUUACAAGAAAAAUUGUGUCUGUUGAGAACUGCUGUGAAUAAAUAAAGACGGUUCAAGU